AUGUCUACUAUCAAGUGUUUAAUUGCUCUUGCUGUAAAACGGAAAUGGCGUUCGUUUCAAUUAGAUGUUAAUAACACUUUUCUUCAUGGUGAUCUUGAUGAAGAAUUUUACAUGAAACUCUCUCCUGACUCUUUGUUUCUGCAUUGGGCUCCUGGGCAUCUUGUGGUUUUGGUAGUGUACGUUGAUGACAUACUUCUUAUAGGGGAUGAUGCCUUUGAAAUUUCAGAACUCAAGCAUUUUUUAGACGGUGAAUUCAAAAUUAAGGAUCUGUAUUCCUUAAAUUACUUCUUGGGUAUUGAGAUCACUUAUUUUGAUGAUGGUAUUCUUUUAAAUCAAAGGAAGUUUAUUCUUAAUCUUCUUAAGGAGCAUGAUUGCUUGGUUGUUAGUUUAGUAGUUUGUCCUUUGGAUUUGAAUAUCAAGCUCUCAACAGAUUCAGGGGAUUUGUUGCCUAACCCAGCUGCUUACAGAAGUCUUAUUGGCAAGUUGUUAUUCCUAACUCAUACACGACCUGACUUGUGCUUCUUUGUACAACACUUGGGUCAGUUCAAUCAGGUUCCUCGUGUGCCUCAUAUGUCCGUUGCAUUACACAUUCUGCGUUAUCUCAAAGGCACUGUUGAUCUUGGUUUAUUUUACUCUUCCGCUUCUGAUCUCUCUUUAACAGCUUACUUUAACAGUGAUUGGGCAGCAUGUGCUGACACUCUCAAUUAUCUGUGA